AUGUUCAAAGGACACAAGUUUGUGAUUCUUCCUACGUCGAGGACACCGAAGUGCCGGGUGGUUGCAGGGUUGAUUGAGAAGCACGGUGGUGAAGUGGUUGGGGGGUCGUCUGAGGGGGGAGGUGGUGAUCACGUGAUAUAUUUGAUUCAAGACAGUUAUUUAAAUGCAGGUGAUGAGGUCAAGAACAUGGAGGUGUUUCGAUUAGAGAGCGAUGUGGACUUGCAGCGGUUGAACUGGGAUGUGGUACGGCCUGUGAGGCUUUCGUGGGUUAGUGAGUGUUUGAAGCAGGGAGAAAUGGUGUGUCGAGAUGAGUUUGCGGUGAAGCAGGGUUGGUGCGGCAGUAGUUCGAAGGAACGGCGGUUGUCCCCUGAUAGAAAGCGGCGCAAAGUACAGGAGACGGUAAAGCAGGAGGGGCAGGGGCAGGGGCAGGAAAGGAGGGUCGAGCAAUCCCUUGGGGAGAAUGUUAUUAUCUCAGAGGCUCUUCAACGGCUUGCAACGAAAAGUAACCUUCAAGGCGAGCCUUUUAAACGUCGUGCGUAUAUGAUGGCUAGUGCAGCGUUGCUUGAAUGUGGGCAUCCGGUGCGUACGUAUGAGGAUGCGCUUGCGCUUCCGGAUGUUGGUAGCGGGAUUGCUACCAAGAUAGCGCAGUUGGUAGCUAAUGGUGGUCGUAUACCAGGGCUUGAGUUAGAUCUUUCAGAACAAGAGAAGAUUUUAGAAUAUUUCGUUCAGUGCCAUGAGGUGGGUCCGACGACUGCAUCCCAGUGGCAAGCACUGCACUACAAAAGUUUCAAGGAUGUGUUAACUCAUACAAAGCAGUGGAAUUUGCACUGGUCAAUUUUGUAUGGAAUGAGGUUCUUUGAAGAAUGGCAGUUGCGGAUGCCGCGAAGCGAGGUUGAGGAGCACCUAGAGUUUAUACGCAAGCAUGCGCAGCCGGGACUUGUUAUCGAGGCAAUGGGGUCAUAUAGGAGAGGUCGUAAAGAUUGUGGAGACAUUGAUCUCCUAGUGUAUCGCGAAGGUUGCGAGGAUGUGGCAAUGUUAUCUCAGGAUCUUGAGCAGUUGGUGCGACGUUUAGUAAAAGUGGAUUAUAUAGUGUGUCCGCUACAACUAAGUGAAGCACUACAACCGUUGUUCGCGUCCCAGAUUCGCCAGCUGCUCCAGAACCUUGGAGUCGAGUACUCGGGGCGGUUUGGUGACGGCAAAAUGCAUCUGAAGAAGUUUUACUGUGCCGUGAGGUUACCUGGCAGUCAUUGUAGCGCAACUACCCUCGCUCCUGUAGUACCAUACAAAGACAUAGACAAGACUCUUUUUGCUGCUUGGAGUCAAUCUGAGGCGCAUCCACAUCGUUGUAGGCGUUUAGAUUUACUAUGUUGUAAGUGGAGUGAAAUCGGUGCACAUCGUCUGUAUUUUACAGGAGACGAUGAGCUAAACAAGACGAUGAGAACUCGGGCUGCAAAACAAAAUAUGAACUUAAACCAGCAUGGAUUGUUUUAUCGCGAUAGCGAAGCAUGUAUAGAGAGUUUUGACGAGUACAGGAUUAUGCAGCUCCUAGGAAUUCCGAAACUAGUCCCCACUGAAAGAUCUAGGGUGCGUUUUUAG